AGCCCGCACGGCGCCCGUCGCGCCCCUCUCCGCCGGCGAUGGCGUCGGCCGGCGCGGACCCCGACGGAGGCCUCGCGCAGGUUGCAGGACCAGCCUUACCUCCUGGCUAUAGAAGUAACCUGGAAAGACAUGGUGGGGACAAGGAAUGCCCCUCUGCCCGUGCACCCAAAGAAACGGCCUGGGAUUCUGAGGAUGAGGAGGACUCAAGUCCCAUACCCAGAAAACAGAAAAGAGAUGAUGACGAUGACGAUGAUGGAUUUUUUGGGCCUGCACUUCCACCUGGCUUUAAAAAACAGGAUGAAUCCCCAGAAAGACCCAUUAUAGGCCCUGCUUUACCACCAGGCUUUAAGAAGGACUCAGAGAAUGCCGAAGAGAACAGACAUGACACAGCUCAGGUUUCAGACAGUAGUGAAGAUGAUGAAACAAUGAUUGGACCAAUGCCUGCCAAAAGGCUAGUGGAAUCCAGCAUAACUACAGAGAUUGACCGUCGAGCACAGAGAAUGAAAGAGAAACUCCUUGGUCAAGAUGGUGAUGGUUCCAAGCAAGUUAAAAGAGAGUCUUGGAUGACAGAUCUUCCACCAGAACUCAAAAGUUUUGGACUUGGUCCACGAGCAUUCAAAAGAAGAGCUGAUGACAAAUCAGGAGAUAGCUCGGUUUGGACAGAAACUCCAGCUGACAGAGAAAAGAGAGCAAGCGAACAGAAAAAUGCAAAAAAAUCCAUCAGCAAGGAUGAUGCAGAAAUUUUCCUGUCCGAGAGGGACAAGAGGUUGAUGGAGCAGUUGUCCACAUACAACGAGACUCAAAGGUCUGAAUCUCUUAUGGACAUACACCAGAAAAAAAUAAAGAACAAAGCUGCUGAAGAAAAAGAUAAGCCCCAGGAGAGAAGGCCAUUUGACCGUGACCAGGAUCUCAAAGCCCUUCGAAUUGAUGAAGCACAAAAGAAAGCUCUCAUAAAGAAAUCUAGAGACUUGAGCACACGGUUUUCCCAUGGCAAAUGCAACAUGUUUUUGUAAUUGCAUUGUGUGAUUAUAUUAGAGUACAGUUGUGUUCUUUUAAACAUCCACUAAUGUUAUAUAAUAAAACUUCUUUGUAAAUACAA